AGAAAGGGAGGUGUGGUCCGCACUGGUCACUGCGUCGUCAAAUUUGCCUUCAGCAACAAUUUUCUCGAUAGAAUCAAACAUAGAAUUAAUGUUGAUUCGCGCUUGAGUGAUGCCAGUCAAGAUUGACGUCGUUCCGCCGUUGCCUGCAAAUUCUCGGCAACCGGGAAUCGCCGGUUCGCUGCUUUACAAUGGCUCCAAAUUCCAGGGCCACCAGAAGUCCAAGGGCAACAGCUACGAGGUCGAGGUUGUCCUUCAGCACGUUGACGAGGAAAACUCCUACUUAUGCGGUUAUCUCAAGAUCAAGGGCCUCACGGAAGAAUUCCCAACAAUGACCACCUUUUUCGACGGGGAAAUCAUCAGCAGGAAGUACCCAUUUCUGACCAGAAAAUGGGAUGCUGAUGAAGAUGUCGAUAAAAAGCACUGGAGUAAAUUUUCUUCCUUCCUGCAAUAUGCCAAGACUUUCAACUCGGAUAAUUUUGAUUAUGAAGGCCUGAAAGAUACUGAUUAUGUUUUUAUGCGUUGGAAAGAGCACUUCCUUGUCCCUGACCACACCAUUAAGGAUAUCAAUGGAGCCUCGUUUGCUGGCUUUUACUAUAUUUGCUUCCAAAAAUCGACAGCAACCAUCGAGGGCUACUAUUAUCACCGAAGUUCGGAAUGGUUCCAGUCCUUGACCCUAAAGCAUGUUCCCGAGCACAGCAUUCAAAUUUAUGAGUUCAGGUGAAGAUAAAGCGGGGGGCGGGUCUGCUGCCCGCACUGGCCCUCGUGUCACAGCAGAAAGUCUGGUCACCUUCUCUGAUUGCAACAAAACAAGAAAUUUAAAUACCAUAAUAACAUGAUUGGAGCUGUGCUUUAUUUUUUCAUUUUCAAAUGUUGAUCAACACAACGAGAGUUAUGAAAAUUGUUCUUUUAUUUGCAAAACCUUUAUACAUCUUGAUUGAUUGUAAAGUCUUUUUUUAUCAAAACAUCAUUAUUGUUAUGUGUAGACUUAUACAGUUUACACAGAAAAUUAUGUUUUAUCUUUUUGUUAGUUUGACAUUUUUCUGUUCAGCGCAGUUGGUUUGUGCUGCCGGUUGUGUUAAUGACGUUAUCUUGAGUACUUGUAAUUAAAAUAUUUUUGUAAGGUUUCAAAAAUAUCAAUGCAACAUGAGAUUAAAAAUCAGCAUGUUUGGUUAAUGAUUGGCCUACAAAUAUGAAAAGAAUUGAGGUAAUACCAGCAACCUCCUUGCUUUUAAAUGGCCAAAUAUUAUAUUGUACCGCCAAAUGAUAUGAUAUGCGAUCAUUACUGGACACAAUUGGACUGAGUGUUUUGGUGUUGGCAUUUUAAAGGUUAAUGCUUAUUUAUGCUCACUGGUUUAGACUCAUAAUUUUUGUAUGCUUUUAAGCAAAUAAUAUGCCAUUAUAGCCUAAUAAUAAUUGAUCGAUUGGCAAGUUGCUGCAAAAUAUUACCGCAGGUAACAUAAUUAUGUUUCUUUACUUUGGAUUAAUUGAAGAUAUUUUUAUCCCGAUGUCAAGUUAGAACAUGGCGCGUAGUAAAUUGCGUUAAAUAAUGUAUAUGGCAUAUAAAAUUAACUGUUUUGUAAACUCAUUGUACUGGAAUAAAAUGAUAAAGAAAUAGUUAAUUAA